AAACAGUCCUAUUCCAGUUAAGAACUCAAGGACAAUUUCUUCAAACUUCAGGCCCUAAGCAUAAGCAAUGUGGAAAGAGGAGGGUGAGUUCAUGCAAAUGAACCAAAACCUAUAAAAAUGUGAGAUUUUGUGACCAAGCUCUCCUUUGCUUCCAUCUUGGAGCCAUCCAGGCAGGGGCCACGACUGUGGCACUGAUACUACUAGGGUGUGGCCUUUUGUAGGCCUCUCAGUAAAUACGCAUUUUUUUCCCCUUAACUCUGUGUAUAACCUGUCUUCCAGCUCCUCUAGGCAUCAGCUUAGUAGACCAUUUGUGGCGUUGCCUCUUACAGUCAUACAGUCAUCUACAAAAUGGUUUAUUUCCAAGGUAAAGGAUUUACUUAAAAACAGUCUGCCUUUCCCUUCAUAAGAAAACCCAAAAACUUGAUCUUCAGCUUUGCUGCGACUGAGUUCCUACAUGGUUGUUGUAAACUUACCAUGUAAUGAGAGUAGUUUUCUUCUUUCUCUUAACCAGAAAUGGCAGAACUGCUCUCAAUCACUUAGCAUCAAGACUUUCCAGCUCACCUUUUUAGUUAAUAAAAAAUGAAAGUUCUUUAACAGAUGACCUCAACAAAAUAAUUUCUGUCUAUUAACUGUAUGCAGCUUGUGCACAUGUUGUCUAACAAAAUGCAUGUUCACAGAUUGAUACAGGUCAUAUAGAUGUUUUGUGUUUUUAAACUCCCUGAUAUCAUCAUGAUGAACUGAAUUAUGGUGGAAAAUCCUCCUUUUUGCAUCUGCAAAGAGAAACUACUUCUUAGGCCUGAUAGUGCAUAUCAAGGGGGAGUAUUUUUUCUCACAGUACACUUUCCAACAGACUAUCCUUUCAAACCACCAAAGAUUGCUUUUACAACAAAAAUAUAUCACCCAAACAUAAACAGUAAUGGGAGUAUUUGUCUUGAUAUCUUGAGAUCACAAUGGUCACCAGCUCUGACUGUUUCUAAAGUUUUAUUGUCCAUAUGCUCCUUACUUUGUGAUCCUAAUCCAGAUGAUCCUUUAGUACCAGAUAUUGCACAGAUCUACAAGUCAGACAAGGAAAAAUACAACAGACAUGCGAGAGAAUGGACUCAGAAAUAUGCAAUGUAAAUUUUUGAAGACAUUUUCAUAUACCACAGAGUACUGUAAAUUCUAGGUUUUUUCAAAAUUAGAAGGAAAUGGAGAACAGUUUAUGGCUUCAUUGUGACACCCCUUGAAUUUUUUUUCACCCAUGUAAGUGUGUUUCUGGAACAAGAGAGAACAAACUUCCAAAAAUAAGCUUAUGACUUUGAUAAGAAUAUUUAUCUUCUUUGUAUGCUUUGCAGAAGACAUUUAUUAUAGUUUCUGAGAGUUGGACACCUGCAUCUUCAGACUACGAGAUCUGUAAUUCAGUUGUAAAUCAAUGAAAUUGUUUUUGAUGGAAAAAGUAGCUGUUUUCACGUGAUGAAUACUGUAUGUGUGUCAUUGAAGUAUAUUGUCUGUUUCAUAAGUAUGUUCAAGUUUCUUUUUGUUAGUUCUAUUAUAUAAUUUGUAUUUUUUACUGUAUAGACUAUUUUAUUUACCAUGUAAGUCAUUUCAUUUUAGACUUGCUUGUGCACAGUAUUGACAAGAUACAACUGCUAAUAGUGAAAAUCAUUGGACUAUCUCAUGCAUUAGAAUAUUCUGAAGACUACAGACUUCUUAAAACAUAAAAUGGUCCUUGCACUGUAAAUCUUUGUAUGCUGGCUAUGGAGAAACACUUGGUUUUGAUUCUGUUGCAUACCUGACUUAAUUUUAUCGCAAUGUGAACUAAUUGCACUGGUAUGUAGAAAGAUACAUAACUUUUGUUGCUAUUCACAAUUGAUUUUUGACGUGUGGGCAACAUAAUGCUCUCACAGACCUUUUACAAAUCCAGAUGUAGCCUUUUCCAUAUAAAUAAAAUACAUUUUCUACUUUC